UAAUCUGUACCUGACAGCUACGCCUCCUCCCAGCUUUCUCUUUACCCAACGAUUCCUCACCAAACAUAUAACACGGCGCGUGACCUCGUCGAAAGCCCCAAACUACCCUCACUCAAACUUUUGUUCCCUUCUUAAUUUGUAUGUGUGUUUUCUUGAAUAUUCUCUUUUGUUUUCUUUUCACUCUCUCCUCUGUUUCCGGUGACAGAGGAACAAUGGAGACGACGUUAACAGAGUAUCUGGAGAGAUCAAUGCAGAAUUGUUCACUGAGUAAUCAGAGAAGAAGUAUUGGAGAUGGGUUUGGUAUGACGGAUGAACAUAUCCCGAUCUCAGAUAGAUUCUUGGAGCUCAAUUCUCACUUCUCUGUUCCUUCUCAUUUGGAACAGUGUCUUGAUCUCAAGACAGGAGAGAUUUACUACAGAAACUGGAAUAACGGAAUGAGAGUGAAGGAAGAUGAUCCUAGGAAACUGGCGAGAAACAAUAACAAUGCAGAUCAAUUCAGUGGAGACUCGUAUGGAACUAUGUUUUCAUCAGAAGAAGCUAGCUCGUAUUAUGAAAGCGAAGAGUCUUCAUCAGAGUCGUCCCCUUCAUCAAGAAAAUGUCGAAAAGACGAAGAAGAAGAAGAAGAUGUUCUUGUGGUAGCUGGUUGCAAAGCUUGUUUCAUGUAUUACAUGGUACCUAAACUCUUGAAGGAUUGCCCCAAAUGUGCUACUCAGCUUCUCCACUUUGAUCAACCUCACUCUGCUUCUCCACUUUGAUCAACCUCACUCAGCUUCUCCUUGAACCUCUCUUCUAUUCUCAUUUUCAUUUUUUUUCACUUUGUCUUCUCUCUUUUUUUUCUUCUUCUAUAAAAGAGUGGUCGUGUUAUGUGUGUGGCAUUAAUACGAGAUUUAACUGUUUGAAGGCAAUGUCUCAAAUUGGUUGGAAAAAAAAACAUGUAUUGGUGAUAGCAUAGUGAAAACAAAACUUUUAAAAAUUGGUCUUCCUGUUU